AUGCCUUAAGUUUUCUGGUGUGUUUCAUCCUUCGAUCUAACGAAAUCUGUUUAGAUGUUUCGUCUUGCGGAACUGAUAGGAUAAUUUCAGUUGGCCGUUAAUGCUAGUCGUUCAUGAUCUGUUGUUGGCUCCGGCACGCACGACAUCGAAGACUUCGCAAGCUCCAGUACCUGAGAAUACUGAUGACAAUCUAACGCGGCAUCACUUAGAACCAAUGAUGCAACAAGAAAGAAUGACAUCGGGAAGUUUUCGACGACCUCUGAGAAAUUUGGUUCUCCCGCAAAUAAGCUGCCAGUUGGUCAGAAGUAUAACUUGAUUAAAAAUCAUUUUGUACCACCGAUUAACUUCAAGUUUCCAACGCGAUUUCUUCAUCAGUGCCGAAGAGGGUUUCAGUGACCGGCGAUACCUCAGUGAGUACUCGUGGAUGGUCUACAGCCCUUCAGUAGAUGGAGUAUUCUGUAAACACUGUGCUUUGAUGAUACCUAUGCAUUGCAGGAAAGACAAGGGUGCUUUUGUUAAAGAGCCUUUCAAAAACUGGCACAAGCUUCAAGAAAAGGCAAAAAGACAUGAGCAAAUGAAGUACCAUCACGAUGCAAUGAUCAUUACCGAAUCCUUCGUUAAUUUGGUUGAAAACCCAGAGCAAAACGUGAACAACCGAAUAGAUGACGAAAAGCGGAAGAAUAUUAUCAGAAAUAGGCAUAUCGUUAAAUGUGUUUCAGAAGCCAUUCUUUUCUGUGGUCGACAAUGCAUUGCCCUGCCGUGGAGAUAAUGAAGUCUUGAACAAAGACAGUUGUGGAAAUACAGGCAAUUUCUUAGCGGCUUUAGAGGUGAUAGCUAACCACGACGACAUUUUGAAACGACACUUAGACAUUAUCCAACUCUCCAGCAGCAACAUUACUUACAUGUCGCCUUUAAUCCAGGAUGAGAUCCUUGAAAUUAUUGGACAGGAUGUCGUAUUAAAGAAUCUGCUAGAGGAAAUCAAGGCUGCCAAGCUCUGCAGUAUAAUGGCGGACGAGGUAACGAGUCACAACAAAGAGCAACUAGCGUUGUUUGCACGCUUCAUCGACAAGAACAACGAUGUCAGAGAGGACUUUAUUGCCUUUGUUCAUCUGCCUCGAAUAACCGGCGAGGUAAUAGCGGAAACGAUAGUGUCUACUUUGCAAGGUCUUGGUCUGGAAAUAGAGAAGUGAGGGGUCAGGGGUACGAUGGUGCCGCUAACAUGUCCGGUGAUGACGUGGGGGUUCAGCGUCGAAUAAGAGGGCACUCGCUAAAGGCUGGAUAUGUACACUGUAGUGGUCAUUGCCUGAAUCUGGUAACUCCCACAGCUGUGCUUUAGCGCAUAUCAGGAAUGUGAUCGAUAAACUGAAGCGAUGCUGCUUGUAUUUCCAUGGAAGCCCAAAGCGAGAGGUCCAUUAUUACGAAGGCCAUAACAGAGGCAAGUCGCCGCAACGGACUUAUCGAUAUGUGCAGGACGAGAUGGGCCGCGCGCCACACGGCAUACACUCAUUUCUACCAGGCGUACCUCUACGUCAUUGCAGCCUUAGAAAACAUUUCCUGUGGGGCUAAUCACGAGAUGUGUGGCGAGGAGUACCAAGAUGCUACCUGGGACCGAAAGAGCAAGAAGACGCGGUUGCACUGUUGGCAAAUCUAGCAACUUUUGACUUUAUUGUAUCAUUUCUUGUGCUCUACGAAUUCAUCUCUAACUUCUCAGGUGUCACCGUGAAGCUGCAGGGCCAGUAAAUUGACAUUCUCUCAAGGCAUAUCAAGAGAUUUGUCUGUGUUGGCGCCAGGCCUCCUCUGUCUCGUACCAUCAGUGCUGUGUGACAGGGCCGGCCCGGAUUUGCCAAACGCCGAUGAGAUCAUCAACAUCUUCAAAGAUGAUCUCCCGUCGCCGGAGCUUUUACGUCAAGAACGUCUUCGAUUCCAGAUCAGAUACUCCACAAAACCGAAGGAAGACAGGCCAAAUACAGCAGCCAAAGCUCUUAAGGAGUGCGAUGAUGAUCUCUUUCCAAAUAUAUCUGCGCCCCUCAAGAUAUAUGCACCACAAUUCGUACAACGAGCUGUGAAUAUGAAAGAAGUACGAGUUCUUUAAGGCGGCUGCCUUACUACUGCUACUUUGCUGCCUGUGAAAGCGAGAACUGGGACCCACACAAUCUUUACGUCCGAUGUGGGGUCCAGACAUCUAAACACCAAACGACGCAGCUGCAGAACCAUCAUAGUGACCAGCUCAGACGAUUCGUACACAGUUUUAAAACUCCGUCAAUAUUCAGACCCGAACCGCUGGCCGAUUUUUAGCCGUCCCAAUAUUCAUUUAUAACCUACGCACGAGUGCGUGAACGGAUACACUUUGGAAGAGUCAAGCAAGUAAAAUUGAAAAAAAAAAGCCGUAGUGCAUACUUGUGACCUUCUUAACAAAAACAACUGAAUUAUUACCUAUGAAAGGAAAGUGUGAUAUUUUUAAGGGUACAGUUAAACAGCUUAUUAUCAUUCCAAUAUUAUUCCAAAUGUGUCAUUUUACCAAAUAUGGUCACGAGAACGCACAAAACAUGCCACGAUUUUACGCCGUAGAUUAGGGAAAAAUACGGAGCGACAAAAUGGCCGAUGCAUUCGAUUCGAUUAAACGAUUCGCGUGACAAAUUUUUUGUUGGUCACUAAGGACACUUUAAUGGUUUCGUUCGUAUUGUUCUCGUCUUCCGCCAUCGAUACGAUCGACAGAUAAGGCCGUAGCAUAUCUUCGCAAACUAAAAUCAAACUAUCCAGGCGUAUAAAUGUUAAAACAUCGAAGAAAGUGUACUUAGUGCCUCACGUCUUUCUUAUCACUCCCAGGUCGCCCUUUUUCGGUUCCAGGCCUUAUAUUUGGUGCUUACUUAUCAAAACGGACGCUACAUAAACAAACCGUAUUUAACGCAGGUGAUAUUCCUAUUUAAAAUAAGAACAGACCUCACCUUAAACAAGCGUAACAUGGAAAACACACCUUAUAAGUAUGGAGACAAAACGACUCAAAUGAAUGGGUGCGAGUGAUUCUAGCUGGGCACAGAUCGACUGGGCACGAAACGACUGGUAACCAAAAGAGGAUUGGUUCAGUUGCUUCGCCUGAGAGAAAAAGUUAGGUUCGAUCCAAUAAAGGAGAUUUUUAUGUUGUUUGCCAUUUGUGGGGACUCCUUGUACUAAAGAUCUCAGUGUAAUAGAGGUUUGUGAGUCGAGUUCUCCACUUAUAAACUGGGUAAAACGAAAUGAUACGACUUUGCAUGCAGGCUUGUGUUCUGAGUUCAAUGCUGUUAGCCGUUUCGGCGGUGUCUGGCUGCACGAUUGAUCUUGGUUUGAUUGUGGAUGUAACACGGAGUAUCAAAAAAGAAAACAUCGUUACUGUAAAAGCGAGAUUGGCCAAACUGGUGCAACAGUUUGGCGUGUCAGAAGAUGGCACACACGUAUCAUUGGAAACAUUUGAUAGUAAAAGCACCAUCCAUAACUAUUUCAAAGAAACCGAUCACCACAAUGAAGAAGCUGUUCUUCGUCUGAUAGACCAUGCUAUCGACAAACUGUCUAAGCCAACUCGACUGGACCUUGCUUUGAAAAAAGCUGAUGAAGAAAUGUUUACCAGGGCGAAUGGAGACAGGGCUGGAGUGGAGAACGUAAUGGUUCUGUUCACAGAUGGUCGAUCACAUCCCUCUCAGACUGAAACUGAUGUUUACAAAACAUACGUGGAAAAUAUGAAGAAAAGAGGUGUCCGUGUGUUCGUUUUUGGAAUUGGUCCGGAUUCACGGAAGGAAAAACACCAGGAAGUGUUGAGGCUUAUUGGAGGGGAUGCUGUGUUCUUAGCCCAAGAUUAUGGCAAUAUCGAUGAAGCGAUCAAAAACUUCAUGGAUUUGAUGUGUCCUUGCAAGAAUUCUGAAGGAAUGGACUUGGCCCUUGUGGUGGACAAGACAGCCAGCAUUGGAAGGGAAAACUUCUUGUUACUCAAAGGUUUUAUCCUUGAGCUCGUCCAAGGACUGCCAAUUGGGCCCGACCAGACCCACACUGGAAUUAUUCUGUUUGCCAGGGAACCAACGUUGUUGAAUACUUUUGCGGACAUAAGGUACCACAGCAGCGAGGCGUUGUACAAUCUUGUUGACCGCAUCGAUUCAAGAUUGGGCACAAGAACGUUCAUCGACAAGGCGCUGAACGCAGCGAACACUUCACUGUUUACUACAAAGGGAGGUGAUAGGCCUUAUUUCCCAAACAUGCUGAUUCUCCUUACAGAUGGAAGAACAAAUAGAGCCUCGGAACCAUACGCAAAUAUCAUUCCUUCACUUAAGGCUAAAAACGUUAAAAUUAUCGCUGUUGGUAUCGGAGAUUAUCGGAAGUUUCGGGGUCAACUGGAAGAAAUUGCAGGAGACUUCGUUUUCAACGUCCAAGGUUUUAGCGAAAUAUCCACUUUGUAUAACGGCAUCAUGUCUGAAAUCUGCGGAUGAGUACUUGAAGCAGUAUUCAGCGGUUUACUUAGGGAUUGAAAAACGAGAUGUGUCAAGUAGAGUAAUGUAAUGGGCACUCAGUAAAUAUAUAUGACAGUACGUAAAAAAAGGUGUUGAGAGGUUUUAUCUCCUGAAAGGACCAGUCAUCAUUUAUUUCCUUGAGGGGGG